UCUGCGUUGUAACAGUGGACACUGGCAGGGAUCUAGGACAGAUGUUCGCAUAAUAUGAACGUCAGCAAGGGCCAGUCUUGACUCUUGAGGGCUGUAUGAUACAGAGGAACGAACUAAUGGCCGCACUAGUGUCAAGCUGCUGUGCCACAGGGCGUCUUCAAACUCAAACGCGAUGCACACAGCCUCUAUGUGUGCCAGAGCUUGCUUGCUUUGAAACUGACGAAACCCUUCAUUGCUCGAAUUUCUGCUCGUUCUUGAAAAGGUUGCAAUCUCAUCUUUUCACCCCGGCCCCCUGCUUGCAUUCCUCCAUUCUUACUAUCAGUCCUCGUGUAAAUCCAUAUUUGGCUAAAAAAUCAUGGCGGACCAUAUGGAGCGGCAUCGAGCGGCCUUGCAGGAGUGUCCUACUGGUCAUCCUGAUCAAUCCAUGUUUCUCGACAACCUUGCCAGUAGCCUUCACACCAGAUUCACGCAGCAGGGACUCCUGCCUGACCUGGAAGAGUCCGUCGAGCUCCAUCGAGCUGCACUGGCGCUCCGUACCCCCGGUCAUCCUGAUCGAUCCAGCUCACUCAACAACAUUGCCAUCGGCCUUCGAGACAGAUUCAAGCAGCGGAACAUUCUGUCUGACUUGGAAGAGGCCGUCGGGCUCCAUCGGGCUGAACUAGCGCUCCACCCCCCCGGCCAUCCUGAUAGAUCCAUGCCACUCAACGACCUUGCCUGCAGCCUUCGAGAAAGAUUCCAGGAGCAGGGCGUCCUCUCUGACUUGGAUGAGGCUAUCGAGCUCCAUCGAGCUGUACUGCUGCUUCGUCCCCCCGGCCAUACUAAUCGAUCCAGCUCUCUCAAUAACAUUGCCAUCGGCCUUCAAAACAGAUUCAAGCAGCGGAGCACUCUGUCUGACCUGGAAGAGGCCAUUGAGCUAUAUCGAGCUGCACUGGUGCUCCAUCCCCCUGGCCAUUCUCUUCGAUCCUAUUCUCUCAACAACCUUGCCGGCGGCCUUCAAGAGAGAUUCCAGCAGCAGGGCGUCAAAUCUGACCUGGAUGAGGCCAUUGAGCUCCAUCGAGCGGCACUGGUGCUCCGUCCCCCCGGUCAUCCUGAUCGAUCCAGCUCACUCCACAACAUUGCCAUCGGCCUUCGAGACAGAUUCAAGCAGGGAAGCACUCUGUAUGACCUGGAAGAGGCCAUUGAGCUACAUCGAGCUGCACUGGUGCUCCAUCCCCCUGGCCAUCCUUUUCGAUCCACUUGUCUUAACAGCCUUGCCAAUAGCCUUGAAGAGGGGUUCCAGCAGUGGGGUGUCAAGUCUGACCUGGAUGAGGCCAUUGAACUCCACCGAGCUGCACUACCGCUCCUUCCCCUUGGCCAUCCUUUUCGAUCUCAGUCUCUCAAUAACCUUGCCAACGGCCUUCAAGCCAGAUUCAAGCAGCGGGGCGUCGAGUCUGACCUGGACGAGGCCAUUGAGCUACAUCGAGCUGCACUGGUGCUCCGUCCCCCUGGCCAUUCUCUUCGAUCCUAUUCUCUCAACAACCUUGCCAGCGACCUUCAAGAGAGAUUCAAGCAGCGGGGUGUCGAGUCUGACCUGAAUGAGGCCAUUGAGCUUUAUCGAGCUGCACUGGCGCUCCUUCCCCUUGGCCAUCCUUUUCAAUCCUCUUCUCUCAACAACCUUGCCACUAGCCUUGAAGAGAGAUUCCAGCAGCGGGGCGUCGAGUCUGACCUGGAUGAGGCAAUUGAGCUACAUCGAGCUGCACUGGUGCUCCAUCCCCCUGGCCAUUCCCUUCGAUCCUGUUCUCUCAACAACCUCGCCAACGGCCUUCAAGACAGAUUCCAGCAGCGGGGCGUCGAGUCUGACCUGGAUGAGGCCAUUGGGCUCCAUCGAGCUGCACUGGCGCUCCUUCCCCUUGGCCAUCCUUUUCGAUCCACUUAUCUCAACAACCUUGCCAAUAGCCUUGAAGAGAGAUUCAAGCAGCGGGAUAUUAAGUCUGACCUGGAUGAGGCCAUUGAGCUACAUCGAGCUGCACUGGCGCUCCUUUCCCUCAGCCAUCCUUUUCGAUCCUCUUCUCUCAACAACCUUGCCAACAGCCUUCAAGACAGAUUCAAGCAGCGGGGCGUCGAGCCCGACCUGAACGAAGCCAUUGAGUUCCAUCAAGCUGCACUGGCGCUCCGUCCCCCCGGCCAUUCUCUUCGAUCCCAGUCUCUUCACAACCUUGCCAACGGCCUUAAAGACAGAUUCCAGCAGCGGGGCGUCGAGUCUGACCUAGACGAGGCCAUUGAGUUCCAUCGAGCUGCACUGGUGCUUCGUCCCCCUGGCCAUCCUCUUCGAUCCUUUUCUCUUCACAACCUCGCCAACAGCCUUAAAGACAGAUUCCAGCAACAUGAUCUCUUAUUAUCAGACUUGGAAGAGGCCUUCAGCCUCUAUCUACAACUCUCCCAAGUAUCUCAUGCAGUUUCGCGUGGAGAUCUUCAUGCUGCAAAGUCAUGGGCCGCCUCUGCCGAGCAGCUGAAGCAUGGAUCUGCAUUGAUUGCCUACAAGACCACACUGAGAUUUAUCGAUCAGCAUGUUGCUGUUUGGGCGUCCUCGUCUGGCCAUUUCGAUGUGGUCAGGGAGGCUACUUCAUCCCUUGCAAUGGAUGCUUUUUCAUGUUGUAUUCGCCAUGGUGCUUUCGCGACUGCUGUGGAAUUGGUGGAGCAAGGUCGUGCAGUAUUCUGGACCCAGUUAGCGCGCUUCCGCACACCAGUGGAUGAUCUUUCUACAUCAGGUGAUCCCGGCGAAGCCUUGGCAGAAGAGUUCAAGCAAGUCAGUUUUCGCCUUCGCAAAGUGUUAGACGAAUCAGAUACCUCUCCUGAAGACAAAUCCCCACAAAUCCGGCAGCUAACCGCCCAAUGGGACGGCAUUAUCUCUCGUGUCCGUAUGUUGCCCGACUUUUCCAGCUUUCUCCUGCCUCCGCUGUUCUCUGACCUCCAGAAAGCUGCUGAAGAUGGUCCGGUCAUUAUUGUCAAUGCCAGUCGAUACAGCUGUGAUGCCUUGAUCAUCCUCAGUGACCAAGAUCCCAUCCAUGUUGCACUUGAUAUUACACGGACCGAGGUCUCCGAACUGUCUUCCACAUUUCACUCCCUCACAAAUCAUGCAGGCUCUUCUGAUCAUCAAAUUGAAUCACACAAGAUUGUUGGCGUGUUACGCAAGCUCUGGAACGGUGUUGUCUGCCCCGUAGUUCAAGCGCUCAGGCAGUUCGUUCCUCGUGGCUCACGCAUCUGGUGGUGUCCUACCGCUGAGUUCACCCUCCUCCCUCUACACGCAGCAGGACCCUACGAGCCGCAAAGCCACAACCUCUCUCACUUUUACAUCUCCUCUUACACCCCAACUUUGACCACACUCAUUCGUGCAAGAGAGCAGGUCUCUCGAGAUGCUUCCACCCAGAAUUUCAUUGCCAUUGGUCAAGCAAACCCAGACGGAGGAAAGGCACUUCGUUGCGUCGCCGCUGAGCUAGAUGUCGUUGCUCAGCGUGUCUCUCCCUUCCUGUCCUUUACGUCGCUCGCGGACGGCGAAGCAACAGUUCAGGGAGCAUCUAAUGCGUUGGGCUGCAAACAGUGGCUUCACCUGGCCUGCCAUAGAAUGCCGAAUCGAAAACAACCAUUCGAGUCUUCCUUCGCGAUGCACGACGGGCCUUUAGUGAUCAGGGACAUCAUACAAACUCACUUGCAGAACCCGGAGUUCGCUUUCUUGUCCGCUUGCCACACUAUGGUGGGACAUAAGUCGAGCCCUGACGAGGCGAUUCAUCUCGCUGCGGCUAUGCAAUUCUCCGGAUUUCGCAGUGUCAUAGGUUCUAUGUGGUCUGUCGACGACAAUAUUUCAGGGGAGAUUGUCUCUCUCUUUUACAACAACCUGGUUGAUGAUUCGGGGAGAUUGGACUGCAAGCGUGCUGCAGGAGCGUUGCACAAGGCUGUGAAGAUGUUGCGGAAGAAGAUUCCGUUUGAACAGCAGAUCGUAUUUGUUCACAUAGGUGUCUAGUUUGAGACCCACUACCGAUUUUUCUUUCUUUUCACACUACCAACCCACGUACUUAUGUGUUCUGACGACUCAGCGUUUGUACUUUAGUACGUAUAUUUCUGCAGAUUUGUUAUGUAUGUGUUUGUUGCAAUAUCGAACUCCCGCCCAGUACCAUGUGUAACACAUUUGACGUUUUCGUCCCACGGCUCAGGGCUGCGUUAACAUUUGGUGCACACUCUAGCUAGUAGGGACACCGGACUCUUGUACCGUAACUCUAACUUGUCGCCAACUUAGGAUGCUUGUCAGUCUCUGACAGAUCUUCCACGCGUUUUUGAUCAUUAUAUCCUAUUUGCUGACUUUUAGCUUUUCAUUCUUCUGUUCACCGAUACUAUGGCAAGUACAUACGCGACCAGCUGCCUCCC